AAACUUUAUAAUAGCCUACCUCACACCAAAACUUUAUGCUCCCACCUUUAUUAUAACCAUUCACUGACCCCUGCCCUGCCUCUCUUCAGUCAUCGCCGGGAAUGGCUCUCCCCCUCCCAAAACUCCCUCUAUCCUUCAAAGCUCUCUCCCACCACUCUUCUCCUUCUCGCCCAACACAACCCGUUCCCUCUCUCUUUCCUUCUCGGCCCUCACCAACUCCAAUCCUGAGAAGACUAAAAACCAACAACUCGCCAUCAUUAUCAUCAAAGACCCGUUUGCGGCCAUUAGCCACCAAGGAUGAUUCCUUGUCCUCCAUCAUCACUGAGCUGGAAGCAGAGGAAGAAGAGGAGGAGCUUUCUUCUAGCCCCUUCCGUCCUCCUGGCGACGGCCGGCUUGCCGACCGGUGGCGCGAGAUCCACGGCCGCGACCACUGGGCCGGUCUGCUGGAUCCCAUGGACCCUCUCCUCCGCUCCGAGCUGAUCCGCUACGGCGAGUUCGCCCAAGCCUGCUACGACGCCUUCGACUACGACCCCUUCUCCCGCUACUGCGGCAGCUGCAGGUACAGCCGUCGCAAGUUCUUCGCCAGCCUCGGCAUGGACACCGCCGGCUACGACGUCACCCACUACCUCUACGCCACCUCCAAUAUAAAUUUACCAAAUUUCUUCACCAAGACCAGAGGGCCCAAGUCCUGGAGCCAGAAGGCCAACUGGAUCGGCUACAUCGCGGUGUCCGACGACGCCACCACCGCCCUGCUCGGCCGGAGAGACAUCGUCAUCGCGUGGCGGGGCACGGUGACGAGGCUCGAGUGGGUGGCCGACCUCAUGGACUUCCUCCGCCCGGUGGCGUCGGAGGGGAUCCCCUGCCCGGACCCGGAAGUCAAAGUGGAAUCCGGCUUCGUUGACCUGUACACCGACAAGGAUCCGACGUGUCGGUUCUGCAAGUACUCAGCUCGUCAACAGGUGCUAACGGAGGUGAGACGGCUGGUGGAGCAACAUACGAAGAUGGGUGAGACGGUGAGCAUAACGGUGACGGGGCACAGCCUUGGGAGUGCUUUGGCGAUGGUGAGCGCGUUCGAUAUAGCGGAGACGGGGGUGGACGUGGGGGUUGACGGGGAGAAGGUGGCGGUGACGGUGUUGUCGUUCUCGGGACCGAGGGUGGGGAAUGGGAGGUUUAAGGAGAGGUUUGAGGAGUUAGGUUUGAAGGCGUUGAGGGUGGUCAACGUGCACGACACGGUGCCGAAGGUGCCGGGGGUUCUGUUCAACGAGCACGUGCCGGAGUUUGUGAGGAGGUUGGUGGAGGGGUUGCCGUGGAGUUAUAGCCAUGUGGGUGUGGAGCUGGCUUUGGACCACAAGAGAUCGCCGUUCUUUAAAGACACCGGUGACCCUUCCUGCUUUCAUAAUCUUGAGGCCCACCUGCACCUCCUCGACGGGUAUCACGGGAGUGGCCACAGGUUUUACCUGGCGAGCAAGAGGGAUCCAGCGUUAGUGAACAAAGCGUGUGACUUCCUCAAGGACCACCUCAUGGUUCCACCAUUCUGGAGGCAGGACGAGAACAAAGGCAUGGUCAGGGCUCACGACGGGCGAUGGGUGCAGCGCGAAAGGCAGAAGAUGGAUGACCAUCCAUCGGACAUGCACCAUCACCUCCAACGUCUCGGUUUGGACAAAAGGCAUCAAUAGGCCACUCAGAAAGCUGCAAGGAGCUCAUGGGUCGGACGACAAAAUAAUUGUCUUCGUUCAGGUGGCAUGAUUACUCGCACGCUUGACAGCAGGGUGACCAGAUCACUCGAUGCAAUAUAAUGUGUUUGUCGGUCUUGUCUGGUUAGGGUCGGAAUUGGAUCUGGACAGGAUAGAUUUUGGAUUGAGACAAGUAGAUGUAAAAAAUUUUAGAUUGGAUUUUAGCUUAAAUAUAGAGCUCUAUAUAUUUUUCAGAUCGAGCUUGGAUAUAUCAGUUGUUUAAUUUGGACCUCACCUGAGCUCAAGGUCAAAUGAGAUGGAAAUGGAAUCCGAAUUUAAGUCCAGACU